AUGGCCGGCGAAAUGCUAACAGGUGGGAUGGCCAUGGUGUUUGCGCGGUACGGUAGUUUUUGGCGUAGACUCCGUGGAGCAGCCCGCCAUGGAUUCAGCACGAAAGCUGUGGAGAAAUAUCAGGCAACGCUUGCUUCGGAAGCUGCGCAAGCUGCUUUUGAUAUUGUUCAAACGCCAGCUGAUUGGGAAAAACGCCUCAAACGAGCAAUUGCAUCAAGUAUUUUGCGGGCUACAUAUGGCUGGCCGCAAAUUAAAGAAGAAGAAUCGGAGCUCAUUACUCGUAUGGAGGCGCACAUUGCGCGCCUGACCAACGCGCUCAUUUCAGCCGCACUUCUCAUUGACUUCUUUCCAAUCAUCAAAUACGUCCCGACAUGGAUGGCAAAAUGGAAGCGUGAUGCGCUUGAAUGGCAUAAACGGGACACGCGUAUGUUUGAAGGGUUCUAUGACGGUGUACGCAGGAAAAAGAUGAACGACCAGCAAUCGGACUGCUUUGUGUCUACUCUUAUUGAGAAUGAAGAGCGCAAUGGGUUCACGCAAAAGGAGAAUGCGUGGCUUGCGGGAAUUCUAUUCACUGCCGGUGCAGAAACUACUGCUUCCGCUAUGUCUUACUUCGUCCUCGCAAUGACUCUGUACCCAGAUGUCAUGCGAAAAGCUCAAGCAGAGCUUGAUGCUGUCGUUGGUCGUGAGCGACUGCCGACGUUUGCAGACCAAGCACAACUUCCUUAUAUCAAUGCCCUAUGCAAGGAAGUUCUGCGGUGGAGACCAGUAGGUCCCCUAGCUGUUCCCAGGCGCACUAUCAAAGAUGACUGGUACGAAGGUUACCUGAUUCCGAAAGGCACCAUUGUAAUCCCAAACGUUUGGGCUAUUAACAGAGAUUCCAAUGUAUACCCAGAUUUUGACGUAUUCCAUCCGGAACGGUUCUUGGAUGAUGCUGUAGAAAAGACGCUCGCACCUCUAACUCACUCGAUGGGCCACGUCACAUAUGGCUUUGGCAGGCGCAUCUGCGCCGGAUACAACUUCGCCAACCAGGCUAUGUUCAUAGAUAUCGCUACUUUAUUGUGGGCAUUUGAUAUUGAAAAGGCCGUCGACGAGUUCGGUCAUGUCAUCGUCCCGUCUAGCACGGAGUGCAUCGAUGCCGGUGCUGCAGUUUCACCGGCUCCUUUCAAAUGUCGAAUCACACCGCGUUUUCAUGAGGUGGAGGCAAUUCUCAAGUGGGAGCAGGCUUCUCGAAGCGAGUGA